AUGCCGGUUACAUCAUCAGGUGCCUCUAAAUCGCGGAAGCCGCGUCCUUCCAGAGCAAGGGGAUUGAGGACAACGACAGGUUGUCUGACCUGUAGAUCGCGUCGGAUCAAAUGUGAUGAACAGAGACCACGCUGUGCAACAUGCAUCAAAUCAGACAGAGAAUGUCGAUAUGCAUCGUCCACCAAUGCUCCAGUGAGCACAGUAAUAAACGAAUCGACGCCACCGGCGCAAGCAAGUGCAUCGCCGGCACUGGCCAGGAAGUCUAUCAGAAGUGAUACUCAAUUCACCAACUCGCCAGAAUUACAGUUUGACUCACCUUUCACAACCGGGAGUGUAGCUUCGAUACCCUCACCAAACUCAGCUCCUUACGAGUGGUACGACCUACUUGCUGAAGAUGCAAUCCAGAAUGUUGCAAAAUACAACCUGAACCUGGAUGUCGAUAAGCCACGCCUUUCGCAAAGGGAAAGUCCUGAACGAGAGGAACCAGCUUUGGACCCUCAGUUACGGUCGCCAGACCAAGACACCAAUACACAGCUGGGAUCACCACCCAAUCAGAUCUCAUCACCGAAUGACAGUCAAAGACUUCCUCCGAUCUUACUGGAUCAAUGGAACUCGGUUGAGAACAUACCCUUGACUGAAGAUGAAUUAGUACUAUUCCAGCACUACCUCGCAGUAGUAGGCCCAAUACUGGAUCUUUGCGACCCUACGGGACAGUUCUCGAGAGUUGUGCCCCGUCUAGCUGUACACAACCUGGGUUUACUGAAGUCUCUACUCGCAGUAGCAGCGCGCCAUCUCGCUGCAUUGAAUCAACCCUCAUCCGUGCAACCCACGAGCGACUCAAACAUAGUGAAUCCGCUUAUCAAUGUUGCGACACAAUACUACUACGAGACUCUUCACUACCUAUCUCAGAACUUGAACCAAGGCAGCUAUUCGAAGUCCAGGGAGAUUAUAGCAACAGCGCUUUUGAUCAGCACCUACGAGAUGUUUGAUGCUGAAGGCCAGUAUAACAAUGGUGCAUGGGAGCGUCACUUGCGUGGUUUCUUCUGGAUCCAGCGAUCACAGAACAACAAUGGAGAAUGCAAGGAUCCGCUCCGCAGAGCAGCAUGGUGGGCCUGGUUACGUCAAGAUUCCUGGGUCGCUUUUCGAGAGGGCCGUAGGGUACUCACGAUCUGGAGACCGCUACGACGGCUCGAUGACUUAACACCAGACGAGCUCUGUCUCAGGAUCAUUUAUAUCUGUGGGCGGUGCAUAGACUUCGCUUCCACUGAAUCCGUGAAGAAGUACGAUGUGGACACUCGAAUCGACCAGGGCAAGAAGCUUACUCAAGCUAUGAACGACUGGUACAACAUCCUGGGAUCCUCGUUUCAGCCGAUAUACAGGCCUGCAUUGCCGGCGUCUGAUAGCUUCUUCUCGCCGAUAUGGAUACACCCUCCAUCACACGCUGCUGCGAUACAGACAUAUCAUUUCUCCCGUAUCAUAGUCGCCAUCAAUGAGCCCUCGCUGGGCGGUAUGGAUGACAUGCGUCACCGGCAGCGUCUCCUUGAUGACAGCGUGGAGACCAUAUGUGGGAUUGCCAGCACACAUCAGGGCAAAGAGAUCCCAAGUGCCAUGAUCAACGUGAGGGCUUUGUAUGCAGCCGGUCUUGCUGCACGGGACCCUGUAAAACAAGCAGGCGUUCUUCACCUCCUGGAAGAGACACUCGAAGUUGCAAAGUUCCCCCUGAAGAGCCUCCUGCAAGAUCUCACAACCCACUGGCACGCACAGCAAUAG